AUGAAGUCCAUGGCAAACCCCAGCAGCGCCAAUGCAUGGCUCUCCAUCACCCUCUGGGAAGGAACCAAGGUGGAACUGGGCAAGGACGGCACUGACCUGGGGCCACAGGAUGAGCACCUGAGUGGGGCGAGGGGGGAGUUCAAGCAGAGGAGCAGCCUGGUGAAGAGGCUGAGCCAGGACUCCAGCUGGGAAGCCCAGAGGAGGCCUGUCUCUAUGGACUGUUUGUCACAGGUGAAGGAGGGCAUCCACGGGCAGCGCAGCUCCAGCUUUUCCUGGAGGAGCAGAGCUCUCCUGCUGUUUCUUUUCCUCUCCUUGGAGCAGACGCUCUCAUUGUUCCACAAGUAUUUUAUAGAAAAAGUAGGAGUGUGCCCCAAGAAGGAGUUCAAAUGUGACGGUAACAUUCAACAGCUGUGCAGAAUUGAUUUCCAGUGCCGCGACCACCUGAAGUGCUGUUUUUAUGGCUGCAGGAAGAUCUGCCUGGAUCCGUAUGAAGAACCCUGCAUGCUGCCCGUAGACAGAGGAGACUGUAAGGAGAAGUUGGACCGCUGGUAUUUUGACAUUGAACAACAUCAAUGCAGAGCCUUUACGUACAGUGGUUGCCAUGGGAACAACAACAACUUCCUAAGCAAGGAUAACUGUAAGAGCGCCUGCAUGAUGAUUGUCAAGAAAGGACAGUGCCCGCUCUUCCCUUACGACACUCCGGUCCAGUGUCCGCUCACGUGUAUGAAUGACAUGGACUGCCUCGAGAGAGAAAAAUGUUGUGAAUCUAGCUGUGGUUUUAUUUGUGCCGAGGUCUGGACAGUCAAAACAGGUUUUUGCCCACGUAAACCACUGGUGUGUACCAAGAUCGAUAAACCCAAAUGCCUACAGGACAGCGACUGCCCGCUGGGGGACAAGUGCUGUACACGCUGUGGACUGAAGUGUGUGGAACCCAGACACUGA